CGCGCUAGGGGCAGGAGGCGGGUGGUCGCCCGGAGACUCCGCACCUCGGAGUGACGUCCUGCUGCAGUGCCGCUGCCUGCGCUGCCCGAGCUCGUCAAUGGAGCUGGAAAACAUCGUUGCCAACACCGUUUUGCUGAAAGCCAGGGAAGGGGGUGGAGGGAAACGCAAAGGCAAAAGCAAAAAGUGGAAGGAAAUCCUGAAAUUCCCUCACAUUAGCCAGUGUGAAGAUCUCCGAAGAACAAUAGAGAGAGAUUACUGCAGCAUAUGUGAAAAGCAGCCCAUCGGAAGGCUUCUCUUUCGGCAGUUCUGUGAAACUCAGCCCGAGCUCGAGUGCUGCAUUAGGUUCCUUGACUCGGUGGCAGAAUAUGAAAUUGCUCCAGAUGAAAAGCUGGGAGAGAAAGGAAAGGAAAUCAUGAUGAAAUACCUCACCCCAGAGUCUCCAGCCUAUGUUCCCGAAGUCAGUCAAGAACUUAUCCAGCAGACAGAGGAGAAACUCGAAAACAGCCCCUGCAAAGAGCUGUUCUCUCCCUGCACAAAAUCUGUCCUUGACCACCUCAGUGGGGAGCCAUUCCAAGAGUACCUAAACAGCAUGUACUUCGACAGGUUUCUCCAGUGGAAGUGGUUGGAAAGGCAACCAGUAACAAAAAACACAUUUCGGCAGUACAGGGUACUGGGGAAAGGCGGCUUUGGGGAGGUCUGCGCCUGCCAAGUGCGAGCCACGGGGAAGAUGUACGCCUGCAAGAGAUUAGAGAAGAAGAGGAUAAAGAAGAGGAAAGGCGAAUCCAUGGCACUCAAUGAGAAGCAGAUUUUAGAAAAAGUCAAUAGUCAGUUUGUAGUCAAUUUAGCCUAUGCCUACGAAACAAAGGACGCGCUGUGUUUAGUUCUGACCAUAAUGAAUGGGGGUGACCUGAAGUUUCAUAUCUACAACAUGGGAAACCCAGGCUUCGAGGAGGAAAGAGCUUUGUUUUAUGCAGCAGAGAUUCUUUGUGGCUUGGAAGACCUACACAGAGAAAAUACCGUGUACAGAGAUCUGAAGCCAGAAAAUAUCCUGCUGGAUGAUUAUGGCCAUAUUAGAAUAUCUGAUUUGGGUCUAGCUGUUAAAAUCCCCGAGGGCGAAUCAAUCCGUGGAAGAGUAGGAACAGUAGGGUAUAUGGCUCCAGAGGUGUUGAACAACCAGAGGUACACACUCAGCCCUGACUACUGGGGGUUAGGCUGUCUCAUUUAUGAAAUGAUUGCUGGGCAAUCGCCAUUCCGUGGAAGGAAAGAGAAGGUGAAGAGGGAAGAAGUGGACAGAAGAGUGCUGGAGACAGAGGAGGUGUACUCGCAUAAGUUCUCUGAGGAGGCCAAGUCCAUCUGUAAAAUGCUCCUCACCAAAGACGUGAAGCAGAGGCUGGGAUGUCAAGGGGAAGGUGCAGCAGAAGUGAAGAGACACCCCUUUUUCAAGAGCAUGAAUUUCAAGCGGUUAGAAGCUGGAAUGCUGGAUCCUCCCUUUGUGCCUGAUCCCAGAGCCGUGUACUGCAAGGAUGUGUUAGACAUUGAGCAAUUCUCCACAGUGAAAGGAGUUAACCUGGACCAAACAGAUGACGAUUUCUAUUCCAAGUUUUCCACAGGAUCGGUGUCUAUUCCAUGGCAAAAUGAGAUGAUAGAAACAGAGUGCUUCAAGGAGCUGAAUGUAUUUGGACCAAAUGGUACUAUUUCACCAGACCUAAACAAAAGCUACCCCCCAGAGCCACCCAAGAAAGGAUUGCUACAGAGAAUAUUUAAGCGACAGCAUCAGAACAAUUCAAAGAGUUCUCCAAAUUCAAAGGCCAGUUUAAAUCAUCACAUAAAUUCAAAUCACGUAAGUUCAAACUCCACUGGAAGCAGCUAGUUCCAGCUCAGUCCUAUGAAACAACAUGUUGCAUCCUUCCACUAUAAUCUCUGGAGCUUCUGUGGAUGAGAGAGCCUCCACCAUUGAGUGAAAAAAAAAGAAAAUCUGGAUCUCCCAAAAUGGAGAUUUUCCUAUCCAUUCCUUCCAGUGGAGCCUCACAUUUUAAGAAGAAAUUUCCACUCAGGUCUGUUUUUGGAGGUGGCACUCAAGACUGUGUGAAUCAAAUUUGUCUCUUUAGAACAUUGCAAUAGAAAUUCAAUGAACAUGACUACUUGCACGUAUUUAAAUAGCAUCAUACUAGAACUGAAUUUUGUCUUUAUUAUUUUUAAAGAAAAGUUUUGUAAAUUUCUCUAUUGUCUCAGUUUACAUUUUGUACAUUUGUAUUUAAAUGAAAGUCAGACUUUGGAGGUGUAUAUUUUCCAAGCAGCAGCUGUAAAGCCAUGUGUUUUAAGACAUUUUUUUAAAAGAAACAAAAUGUGACUCAAGACUUCCAGAGCCUCAAAUGAGAAAUCAUUCUUUUUAGCAAUUCUAGAAAAUUCUUCAUAAAUCACUUUAUCAGACGGGGGUUUAUCGACACGCAUUUUUAUGGAACAGUUUAUUCUUAAUUAUUUUACAUCUGUAUAUUUGGUUUACAGCAACACUGCAUACAUUUCUCCUCUUCAUUAGUUUGUAAUGUCUCGCAUUAAAUGCUAAAAGACAAGAUUUUGAUGCAUUCAAGAAUGCUACUUACUAUGCUGAAGGUUUGUGAUGUCUUGGGACCAGCACAGCUGAGAUUUGCACUUAUGUUGUUAUUCCAUCAAAGGCUUUUUAGUUAGAAAAGGAGCCCUGCUUUAAGCUCUUUUCCUCCACUAGUGUUUGUGCUGUGUCUAACAACAGAUAGAACAAAGCUGAGGGAGAGGUGACCAGGAAAGCAAAUGUCCAUUUAUUUUUGUAGGACUUCAAACCUGCACCUGCUGAAAUGAGAGCAAAACUCGAAGUAUUCUCCAUGCUGCAGCCAAAAGCCCAAGGUCUUUCCACAGCUGCCUAUAUCAAAGAGGCAGCAGGAGAGAAGUUCAGCAGUCUGGUUUGUACCAACCAUGAGAUUUGUGACAGCUUUGUAGAGCUGAGCUGUGGAGGUUCAGAGUGGGAUCUGAGCUGCUUUUGGGCAGUAGCAGAACCUAAAGGCUGUGCCUGCACUUAAACACUUCCAGUCAUGCAAACACCCCCUGACACAUCCCUUCAAUUUGAUCUUCAACUGAAUAAAAUGCCAGUAUGAAAUAAUAACUCCCUCUUCCAUCUCCAUCAUUCUUUGUCCAGGAUCCUUUAACCAUUGACAGAAAUUCUGUCCCCGCUAGGGUGAACAAGAUCAGGCAGGAUCAGUAGCAGUACCUCAGGCAUCAGAAUCAUGCUCUUCUUAAAUGUUUCACUAUUAUUGUUAAGAACACCAGAUCAAAACCUUUGUGCCCCCAGCUGCAGGCAGGAUCUCUACAGCCCAAAGCAUUCUGUAGGUUCUGUUGGCUCCCCAUACUCUUUACAAUGAUUUUUUUAAACCUUUAGGUCAUGAGGAACAUCUCAAAGCCACCCUGGUGUGUCUAAAAUCCUGUUAGGCAGUAGUGGAGCUACUCGAGGGUCCAAGCAAGCAAUGUCCCAGUGGGAGUCUUAACAGCCAAAAUUCAUUAGACUGCCAUGUGUAUGUUCUGUGUGGCCAGGGCUGAGGGGGAAGAGGUUCAUAGUGACAAAUGCCUGAGUGCAAAACACACAGGAAUGACAUAGUAAAGCAGUUUGAAGUUGUGAGACGGAGACAGAACAGGGACUUGCAUAGAGCAGCUGACAGAGAAAAGUCAAGACAGGGAGAUGAGGCUUCAGCCAUUCUCCCCUGUCAGAUGGUGGCAUUGCAGAUCUUAUAGACGAUGCAGGAUUUUAGAGACAUUGCUAAUUUGGCAUGUGAAAACUAAAAUCUUCAUUCUUCACCAUCUCCCAGUACUGAGAAAUGCUAGCAAAUCCCUUACUGACAGCUGGUGAGCAACUUGCAAAUGUUGCUUAUAGCUGGUCUUACACCUUUUAGAUGUUACUAGCCUUAACUAGUGGUGGAUGACAUUGUAGGGACAGCAGUGAAUGGCAGUGUUUGUGUCUUGUCCUGCUCUCCUUUCAGCCAGGACAGUCCUCACUCAGCAGCACUCACUCUAGGACUCUGGCAGUGGGGACUUAGGGACAAUGCAAAUUCCUGGAAGGAUGAAAGCAUUCAUUCUCCCUGGAUACCUGGAGGACACUGUGCUAGGGUUGGAUAUGCUGAAUUCUCGAGGUGGCAUGGAAAAAGGAUGCUUAUGUGCACCUGAAGGCAUCAAACCUGGGAUGGAGCCCCUCUGAAUCCCACCUCCUCAGAGCAGAGAGAGGAAGGGGAGAGAUAGAAAACACCACCAGCUGAGGGAGAUUUCAUGCCACAUGCCUUGAGUGUCUCUGUCCUGUCUGACAAACUACAAACAGUAUUACCAUGCUGGGGCAGCAGAACUUUUCAGCACCCAGCCCUGGAAGAUUUAAAAUCCAUCAGAAGUGCUGAGGACCGGUCCUAGGGAUCUUCUUGACAUGGUUUGCCUACAACAAAACCUGUAGGAUUCCUUUCUUAUUGAUUCUUAUUUUUGUUGGGAUUUUUUUUUUCUUUAAUUUUUUCAGCUUACCUUGCACUCAAAGCUGGGGUAGGAGCACAGUCCUUACACUUCCAUUGUGUGACCAGGUGCAAUUUGGGCCCAGAACUCAGGGCUGAAGCCCUGUCAAGGCAGUGCCCUGCACCGCCAGGCUUACACAGGCAUUUGGCCAUUGGCUCUGUGGAGUCAAAUUUAAAAACCACUGAGAACUCUGAAAAAAACCUUACAGUUUCAUCAUACAAUCUUGGAGAGCAUUGCAAUGAGAUUUUUAGUAUUUUGAUCCCAGGUGAAUUUUGAGAUGGGCUUGCAGGUAACAAAGGAGUAGAGAGGAGUGGUUCUGUAAUAGCUUUCCAGACUGAUUAAUUUUCUUUAUCUCUUCUUCAGUUACCAUCCAAAUUCUCUCCAAAAAAUGCAUAUGCUCAGAUCUGGUUGCUUGUUUUAAAUAGACAGAUGAGCAAACUUUGCUCUUUUUAAGAAUCUGAAAUCUUUUGCAAUCUGAUCCUGAAUUAUGCAAGCAUGCCUUUUAUUUUUAAAUCUUUGUUGAGUAGUGUGAUGAACAGUAAUUAGUCGACAGACUUUCAUGAGUCAGGUGUUUGCUAUUCAUUUUCUGCAAUGUCUCAAGGUUCACUUGAGUCUUGUAGCAUUUUUUCCCCCUGUUGGAUGAGAGGAUUUUUUUAAACAAAGGAAUAAUGAAGGAAAAAGAACCCAAAAUUUUAGAUGUGCACUCUUGUCCUGGAUUAUCUAAAAAGAGGUUUUUCACAAGAAUGGCCAUGACUCAGAUGUUGUUCCUGAACAAAAACCUGCUUGUGAAGCUCGGAAAGGUGAGAAGAUAAUCAAACCAAACAGGUAGUGCAGAUCAAACUGAAUGUUAGGGAGGUGCAGAAUUCAACAUCACAGCAUUCACCUGGCCCUGCUGAUGAGGGACUCCUGGUUCCUGCCAGUUCAGAGCCGUAACAGCUCUCCAUAAACACAGCUUGAUACCACCUCAAUUUGCAGUCACCCCAGAAACUAUGGCUGAGAGUGCCAUCAAGCAGUAGGAAUCAAACUUGGCUGACCCAGUAAAGCACCUGAUUUGAAGAUUGAUUCUAAGGUCAUUCACCCAAACCUCAGGAUCCAGCUUGAAUUCUUUGCCCACAUUUCAAAUCCAGUUGAUCUUUUUCAAUGGCCAUGCCUCAACUGAAAAAACCAACAGGAAACCAGCCUGCAUUAGUGGUCAAGCCACAGGCAGGAUGAGGAGGACACAGAAGCUGUCAGCUCUGGAGGACAGUGUGUAAAGUCCCACGGUGUGUGAAUCUUGAGCAGAGCUGCAGUGGCAGCUGGUACCACACUGCUGCCCGUUCCUCCUUGGGGUCAUCGUGUGUCGGUCAGAGUUUCUUCAGUCACCUGGGAAUUGCACACACAAGGCUCUGGCCCAUGGUUCAGAGACAAUGCUGUCCCUCUCAGGGUCAGAAGGGACAGUUGGAUGAGGCAAGUAGGAAUCCCCCCAGCCUGCAUGGACAUCAUCACCCAGGCCUGUGUGUCCCAGCCUCAGUCAGGAGCUCCCUGCCCAGGCUUUUCUGGAAGAGCAAUAAAUGCGGAACCCCACAGCACAGCUGCUGUUCCUCACCAACAUCCGUGGAACAGGCGGCUGCAGGGACUGGCUCCAUUUUGUGAACAAGAUGUGGGUUUUUUCACCACUGCUCCACAAUUAAUUGCCAUCAUUGUUUUGUUCCGUUAAUAUUUGUCAUAUUCUCUUAAGUUACUCAGUGCGGAGGAGAUCAUUCUUCUGGCAUUUCCCAUAAAAUCUUUGGGAAAGACUGGAGUUUUCUUUGGAAGGAUAUCUUUUCUGUCUCUUGCCGUGUGGACCAUCUUCCAUCAUGCAGGGAGGUUCAUUUGGCAGUGAAUUUUGGAAGAAACAGUCUGUUCAGUGGCUCCAUGGAAAUCAGGAGAUUCCAGAGUCAUCCAUCUCAAGCCUUUCACAAAUAUGACCUUUAACUUAAAAUACUACUAAAGAUUUAGUGUAAGGAGAAUAAUUACUAACACCCUCAUGGUAAAGUUAAGAGGAAUUCUGCAUCAGUUUAAAACAACAUUUCUCUUUUGUGUGCUGGGCAGGACAUACUUCCUUUUAUACUAAAUAAUACUGUUGUGCUGGCUGGUAAUAAUUGGCUUUCCUUAAAUGCAAAACCCGAAAAGAUAAAGAAAUUGGUUCAGAGAAUUUUUAAAUUAUUUCCUUUAGGGAAAAUAAAAAAUCUCAUCAAAGAAGAUGAAAGCCAACAAUAUGCUAUAGUAUUAUGGGCUGACCUCCCCCAAAUGUCUCUGUGAUAAUACAAAUACAAUCUGCUGCUGUUGGAUCGGCUAAGCUGGUGUAGUGACAAAUGGGCUUUUAUGAAAGAAACAAUUUUAAACAGAUUGCUGCCUAUUCAUUAACAUGAAUAUUACUGCUGGCACAUAUGUAUUCUCCUUGCUUUAUGUAUUGGAGCCAGGAGUGAUGGUUUGUAUUCCUAUUCUGUGUUUUUCUUCACUGCCCUGGGCAAACCUCUGUGCAAUUUUGUUUUCCUAUUCCCCAACGUGGAGGGAUGCUCUCUGUCUGUCGAUGGAAAGCACUUUGGAGUCUGUGCAUAAACCAGAUCAGUAUCAACUCUUUGUAUUAUUAUUUAAAUGAAAUAGGCUUAGUAUAGCUGCUCUUUAUUUACAUGACUAGUGAGAUGACUCUCCUAAAUUAGGACUCUUUUUUUUAUUGGUUUGUCUUAGUUCUUUAGAGAUACUGAAACAGAACAAACUGCACUUCUGUAAGACAUCUCCAGCAGACAAAGAGGUGACAGUGCAAAUGUUUAAGUAUUCAUUUCUUGCUGAAGAUCUGGCCAGUGGUUCUGGCAUUCACAUGAAAACACUUCCUCUGUUUUCAGAAUGGAGAUAAAUAGCUAUGAGGAAGGGAACAAAAUAACAUUCAUUGGUUCAACUUCUUUGGCCAAGCCUGCAAAGGAUUCCCUAGGUACCCAUUGAGUGAGGUGCUGUGUGAAGUCCCAGAGAUGGAUCUGUGGCAGACUGGGUCUGAAAACAAAAGAGGCAACAUGCCUGGGGUCAGUGGGUUCCAAAGGGGAACUCCAGGUUUUCUGGAGUGGUCCUGCAGAGAAGAUUCACUCCCAGAGAAGAAACAUCUCAGGUAGUGGCUGGAUGGCAAAUGUAUUUUCCUUUCUCAUCACCCCACAUGCAGCUGUUAGAUAUGUUAAUUAGCAAGCUCAAAUGAGUUGUUUCAUGUGUAUUGAAUGUGGUCUCCCUUAAUUGCAUUUCUUUUAAACACUGGACACUCUUCUAAAAGACUGAACAUUUUAGCCUUUUGAAGCUGAAAGCUGUAAAAACUUUAUUUUGUGUUUCUGAACAAUGUAGAUAGACCUAAAGAUUUCAUGAACUAUCAUGUGGUUGCCCAUAUCUGACUAAUAUUAAAUUGUAAAACUGCAGUUUCAUAAUAGGGUUAGUCUUUUCACCUGCUUUAAAAACUAAAAAUCAUAUUUGGUAUAUAAACACACACAGAAUAUCCUUCUGAUUGAAUUUCAAGAGCAUAUCCAGGAGUAAAUGUUUUUAAGCACUUCUAAUACUGUAGUCUAUAAGAGGAGCAGACACUUCUAAAGCAAUGUUAAAAGUUGUCUUUCAUAACUGAGUCAACAGAUCAUUUUUGUAAUAAACUAAAGCAAGUGUUCUCAAUUAGAAGAGCUAGUGGCUGUUGAUAUUGUACAAAAAAAAGUCAUUCUAAUAUCCAAAGGGUUAGGGGUGGGGAGGGUCUGUUUGGUUUUGUUUCUCUUUCCAGGGAGAUCUUUAACAUUGUUUGAUGAAGCUAGUUUCAUUUUGAGAUUGUUACUGAAGAUAAAGGCUUCUGUGUUCUAUGGCUGCUUGGAUUCUUCGUACAUAAUGUCCUAGUAAUGUCACAGUGCUGCUGUAUUUAGAUCAAACCACUGUUUCAAUUGGGUUUUUUGGCUUUUUUUUUUUUUUUUUUUAAUAAAUUCCUUAAUUUAA